AUGCCUGUGGGUGCUUCUCGACUACACAAACCUGACAAUAUUAGAGAAAUAAUUGACAAUGGAUUACCUACUGGUUUUAAUGGUGCACCUCCCCCCAGUGUUAAAGAAGCAGGGGACCUGCCCAUUGCUCGCUUCUUUGAUGACAGCCCUGACAAGAUCGGAGACAGGAUGGACCUGCCCCACCAGGCACUGUGGCAGCCACUUGCUGCUGACUAUGACUCACAGAUCACAGACUACCUGUGCAACAUCCACCAUGGUGAUGCAGCAGGGCCCUCCUCUGGCGUAGGAGUGAGGAGAGCGCAGAAUCAUGCAUGCUGCAAGGCAAAGAUCAAGAAGAACACUCGAGCUAGUCUCACUGUCACCUCUCUGAACAUAAGGAGCAGGAGCGCUGCAGCUAUGGCAGGUAGUAAGUGGCUCCAUAUGAACCAACUCAUGAGAGACAAUAGGAUAGGCCUAUUAGCUGUGCAGGAGACUCACCUCGACAAUGAGGCAGUGGCCAACUUCCGGCAGCUCUUUGGCAGUAAAUUGGAACUGCACUGGUCAGCUCCACCAGAGAAUCACUCCUGUGCCCAGAGAGUGGCUUUUGUAGUAAAUAAAUGUGUAACGAAUGUAGUGGGAAUCACUUUGAGGGGAAUUAUGCCUGGAUGCGCUUUGCUGCUGUUCAUGCCCUGGCACGUAGAUAGAACUGUUAACAUUCUUACUGUGUACGUGCCUAAUGAUCAUACACAGAAUGCAUGUUUCUGGUGGGCACUGAACAAGAAGUGGGCAGAUAACUCUCUGCCAAUCCCAGAUGUAGUCCUUGGUGACUUUAAUGUUGUGAAGAAGGAUAUUGACCGCCUCCCAGUUCACCUGGACCCUCUAGGCGUGACAAAUGCUUUAUAA